GCUCCCUCCGAGGCUGCCAGCGCCCCGCGUCGGCCGCGCUCGCCCCCCAUCGCCUCGGGCUGCCGCGGGGCGCGCUUGGGGCGGUUCUGCGAGCGCCCGAGAGCCCCCCAAAGCGACGGCGGGGGGUUCGUCCGGUUAUCCUAUGAUGAGGCUUUUGCUAUGGCUAGUGACCCCUUGGAAGGCUUCCAUGAAGUAAACCUUGCUUCACCAACUUCCCCGGACCUCCUUGGCAUAUAUGAACCUGGAACUCAAGAGCAGACUACCUCACCCAGUGUCAUCUUUCGGCCACAUCCUUCAGCUUUGUGUUCAGCACCUAUCCAGGCAAAUGCACUAGACGUUUCUGACCUUCCUACACAACCUGUGUACUCAUCUCCCAGGCAUUUGAAUUGUGCAGAAAUAUCCGGCAUCAGCAUUCAUGCUGCAGAUCCAGCACCUUGUUCUACCUCUGAAGUCGCAGCUGGGUCAACUAAAUUAACUACGAGAAAGGAUAGUUGUAAUGCUGAGAGGGAAUUUUUACAGGGAGCUACCAUCCCAGAGGCUUGCGAUGGCAGUGAAGAUAUUUUGGGGUUGAGUCUUGACAGCCUGUCCCGUUUACGAAGUCCAUCUGUCUUGGAGGUCCGAGAAAAGGGCUACGAAAGAUUGAAAGAAGAACUCGCAAAAGCUCAGAGGGAACUGAAGUUAAAAGAUGAAGAGUGUGAAAGGCUUUCUAAAGUGCGAGAUCAACUCGGACAGGAAUUGGAGGAGCUCACAGCUAGUCUGUUUGAGGAAGCCCAUAAGAUGGUGAGAGAAGCAAAUGUCAAGCAGGCAACAGCAGAAAAACAGCUAAAAGAAGCACAAGGAAAGAUUGAUGUACUUCAAGCUGAAGUAGCUGCAUUAAAGACACUUGUAUUGUCCAGUUCCCCAACAUCACCUUCCCAGGAGGCUCUGCCAGGUGGAAAGACACCGUUUAAAAGGGGGCAUACAAGAAAUAAAAGUACAAGCAGUGCAAUGGUUGGCAGUCAUCAGGACCUCAGUGUGAUUCAGCCAAUUGUAAAAGACUGCAAAGAGGCUGACUUAUCUCUGUAUAAUGAAUUCAGAUCUUGGAAGGAUGAGCCCACUAUGGACAGAACAUGUCCUUUCCUAGAUAAAAUCUAUCAGGAAGACAUCUUUCCAUGUUUAACGUUCUCAAAAAGUGAGUUGGCUUCAGCUGUUCUGGAGGCUGUGGAAAACAAUACUCUAAGCAUUGAACCUGUGGGAUUACAACCAAUUCGAUUUGUGAAAGCUUCUGCAGUCGAAUGUGGAGGACCAAAAAAAUGUGCUCUCACUGGACAGAGUAAGCCCUGUAAACACAGAAUUAAGUUAGGUGACUCAAGCAACUAUUAUUACAUUUCUCCUUUUUGUAGAUACAGGAUCACUUCUGUAUGUAAUUUUUUUACAUACAUUCGAUACAUUCAGCAGGGCUUGGUGAAACAGCAGGACGUUGACCAGAUGUUUUGGGAAGUUAUGCAGCUUAGGAAAGAGAUGUCGCUGGCAAAGCUGGGCUAUUUCAAAGAAGAACUCUGAUACUCUGGGACCAUGCAUAAGCCUCCCCCGAAGAACUGGAAGAUGACUAUUUUUAAUGGCUACUUGAUAUUUAUUUCCAAGAAGUGGGCUCAAGACUUUUCUUCCCCCCUUUUGCAAAUUACACUAAGAAGUACUGUGAUUUCCUUUGAACCGACCUAUGCUGUGUGUGCUUAUUCUUUAGUUGAACACACUAUAAAGAAUUACAGGUGUAUUAGUGAUUGAUUGUAAUUUAUAGUUGCAAAUAAAAAAAAGGCUAAAUGAAA